AUGGAUGACGAGGAUCAAGUACUCCGUUAAUCUGUGAUUCAUAUUCGAUAAUUUUAGGUAUGUGACAUGAAAGAUGAGCGUAAGGACUGAAAGUUCUACAUCUCCUAGCUCUGUCUGUCGUUUUCAUUAUUACCGUUUCGUCUUCUGAAGUAAGUCCAUCUCCUCUAUCACAUCUUUCAUCCCACAUUUAUUCAUCUCAGAACGAGUUCGUGACCGAGCAAGUGCAGGAGAUCGCUAAACACGCGAUUCACCAGACACUCGGAAGCUCGGUUUACAACAAAGAAAAAGUAAAUGUUUGGUGCGGACAAAUAGUGGACAGCUGUCUUAAGGAGCUCGCGAAACUCAACAAGCCGUUCAAGUAUGUAGGUAUUCUUCGGAUUUUUCAUUUACAGUUCGGAUUUUUAUCCAUAGUACGUAGAAGAAACUGUUUGGGUAAAUGAUAUCUUGGAUAAAGGAAUGGCUCCUUCCACAACACUUCAUCCUUCAUCGAUUUCUGUCACACUUUCAUCGCUUGCUCCUACCAUUCAUCGCUUUCAUCGCUCCCUCUCAUACCAGUGACCUGCGUCAUAAUGCAGAAGAACGGUUCACCACUGCACACCGCAGCGACCGCGUUUUGGGACACAAAAACAGACGGUAAGGACUUUUAUUAUUUUUGGUAUCGACAUCAUGCAUUAAAACUGAUGUGAAUCAGAUGUGAAUCCAUUCUUCUUUGUUCUACAAAAGCAAGUAACUACUUCUAUCCUACUCCAUAUUCAGGAUUGUGCUGUAUGCAGGUGGGGAAUGAUACGCUGGACUGUAUCACAACGAUAUAUGCGUGCAUGAUUUAA